UAGUUAGGGGUAAACAGCCAGAAGAAAGACAAGAAAGUAAUUGGUAGUGUCUAUAGGAUUCAUAGGAAAGUCAUAUCGGGUUCUAAGAUGCAUCGACUAAAGUGAACUUAAUCUCAAGUAAUGGACCCUCAGUACAGUGCCCAAGAAAUCCUCCUCUGUGACCUGUGUCAAACACCUGCAUUACAGAGUCAUUGUGAACUUUGUCAUGUAAAUCUCUGUAUAGUCUGUGUUGGAAAACAUCUCUCUGAUUCAUUUAAAAGACACAAUGUUGUGUCAUACAAACACAAAACUUCUGCUCCUAUCAACCCAAAAUGCCCGAACCACACCCAGAAACACUGUGAACUUUAUUGUGAGAAAUGUGACAUUCCUGUUUGUUCUUCCUGCAUCUCCUCAGGGAAACAUAAAGGACAUGAUUUAACUGAUGCUCUGCUGAAACUUAGUUCUCUAUCAGCAUUAUCCAUUACGAAAGAUAAAUAUGGCUACAUAAUGAAGACACCGGAAGCUGCAAAAUAUCCUCCAGUUAAAUCACUGCUUGAUGAACCAGAGCUCAUCACCAUCAUAGGCACUGGAUAUGACAGACUAUACAGUCUUACAUGUCACAGUGAUAAAGAAAUCUGGACAUGUGGGAAUAAAAAAAUAAUGAAGCUCUUCAAUAUCCAGGGAAAACUUCAAAAGUCCAUCAAAACCAAGUCAGGGAACAAACCACGUGACGUAGCAGUGACAAAAAGUGGAGAUCUUGUUUAUACUGACUCUGGUACAAGAACUGUAAACAUAGUGAAGAAUAAACAGAUACAGGAAGUUAUCAGAUUACAAGAAUGGCUACCUUACAAUGUCUGUAGCACAUCCAAUGGUGACCUACUUGUUACCAUGGACAGUGAUAAUAAACAUUCAAAAGUUGUUCGUUACUUUGGCUCUACAGAAAAACAAACUAUUCAGUUUGAUAGUAAAGGCAAACCUUUGUUUUCAUCUGGUUACUACAGUAAAUAUAUCAGUGAAAACAGAAACCUGGAUAUCUGUCUGGCAGACUGUGAAGCCAAAGCAGUAGUAGUGGUCAAUCAGGCAGGGAAACUCCGUUUUAGAUACAUUGGUCAUCCCUAUUCUACCAAGGAAUCAUUUAAUCCAGUCGGCAUCGCAACAGACAGCCAGAGUCAGAUCCUAACAGCAGACUAUAACAAUAACUGCAUCCACAUCUUAGAUCAGGACGGACAGUUCCUCAGUUUCAUUGAUAACUGUGAUCUUCACCGCCCAUGGGGUUUAAGCGUAGAUACAUGGGACAACCUCCUUGUGGCUGAGCGCAACAGUGUUAAAGCAAAGAAAAUCAAAUACAUGAAAAUUUGGAAUUAAAUCUCUCUCUCUCUCUCUCUCUCUCUCUCUCUCUCUCUCUCUCUCUCUCUCUCUCUCUCUCUCUCUCUCUCUCUCUCUCUCUGGUAACGCGAAAUAAACAAAUGUGAAUAGAUGUUAAGUAAUAAUUUUUCCUGUAACACAUGAGUAGCAUAAGUCAUUAAUUUUACAACCAAUGGUUAACAGCAGUUAUAUGUGCAAUCUGAUGAAAAGUAAUGAUAAAAAGAUAUUUGCAAAGAGUUAUAAUGGAAACAAGAAGAACGCAUGCCCAGCAUGUAGAAUGUGAGUUUUUCAUCUGAAUCAAAAGUAAAACCAAAAAUCCUUGAAAUUUAUUAUUUUUGGUUUGUUGAAACUUGUUUUGCUGAUUUUGAAGUGUUUUUUAACCAAAAAAAUUGCACUAGAAGCGAAAAUGAGAAGGUAAACAAUUUUGUUUACAUAUUUGUAUUUGAGCACCAGUGAGCGACACUCACGCGUUUCAUUGUAACAUUGUGAAGUAUUGCUAGCCAGUAACCCAAUUUAAAAACAGAAGGCUUCGAAGAUAUUGACACUAACACCAUUAACGCCAGCGCUUUCAAAAGAAUGUAAAUGUGAAAACUUUCAUAUAAGAGAAUUCAAUGUAUAACUAAUAUCCAAAAUACUCUAGAAAACCUUUAAUUAAGUAUUGAUGGACAGGAUCGCCAUUGUAAUGUUCAUAUCUUAAAAUAGUAAUUCAGAUUUAAUGUUCUCCCUCGUUUAGGAAUUUGCUAUACCAGCAGAAUGUUAUAUGAUAAAUACAAAUUCAGUAAUUGAUGUUGACAGUU